GCUAGAAGAGAUAACUCUUAAAUAUAACAUAUAUAUUUUUUACAUAUGUCGCGUUAAUAAAGGACAACAUGUAUUUUAAUUUUAAUUUAUUCAUUAUCGUAAUUAAUUUCUCGUCAUUAAUUGCUGCACAAAAUUCUACAAUACAACGGCAACCUCCAUCUACAUCUACGCCGAAUCCGAAUAAAUUUUUCAAGAAGCCGGAUAAAAAGUUGGUUGAUAAAACGUUCGAUAGGGACUUGACAGAUUGGUUGUUUACUGGAUGUUGGAAUGGUGGAAGUAAUAAUCAACCGAAUAAAUGCUCACCGUAUCACACUGCAAUCGAAUAUCCUGGUUACGACGGAUGGAACAAUAACGUUGGUAGACCAGAACUAGGUGCAGUCGAUACUUCGUUGUUAAGAAGACUGCCAGCAGCUUACGAAGAUGGAGUGUAUAAACCUUCAGGCUCUAAAAGACCAGAACCAUUAGAAAUAAGUGAGAAGCUGCUGAGUGGAAAAAUUGGAUCUAAAUCAAGAACGGGAAGAAACGCUCUACUUGUAUUUUUCGGUCAACAGGUGGUGGAGGAAAUUUUAGAUGCUCAAAGACCAGCGUGCCCACCCGAGUAUAUCAACAUAAACAUUCCGAAAAACCAUCGGUACAGAAUUAAACCAGGACACACGAAAAUGCCCGUUUUACGUACACGAUACGAUCAUCAGACGGGUCAUUCGCCGAAUAAUCCUCGUCAACAGCUGAACGAGAUUACGCCAUACUUAGACGGUGGAUUGAUUUACGGUACGUCCAAAGCGUGGUCCGACGUUUUAAGAACGAAUGCCAGUGGAAUAUUGCAGAAGGACGGACAACUCGCAUCGUCGGAGUUUCCUCUGUAUCCCGAUUAUAAUACCGUUAGAUUACCGAUGGCCAAUCCACCGCCGCCUAUUCAUCAUCAUCAAUAUGUUUCACGACAUUAUACCGAGAGCGUUAGCAGAUAUUUCAAAUUAGGAAAUCCUCGGGGGAAUGAAAAUCCGUUCCUGCUGACUUUCGGUAUAAUAUGGUUCAGGUGGCACAAUUUUAUAGCAUCGCAUAUUAAACGUCACAAUCCAAACUGGUCGAGCGACAAAAUUUAUAACGAAGCGCGUAAAUGGGUGAUUGCGACUCAGCAAAACAUUAUCGUCAACGAAUGGUUGCCUUCGUGGUUGGGAAACGGGCUUCCUACGUACCAAGGUUACAAUCCCAAUAUCGAUCCGCAGAUAGAUCAAUUUUUCCAAUCGGCCGCUUUUCGCUUUGGGCACACCUUGGUUCCACCAGGUGUGUACUUACGCAACUAUGGAAGGAAUAAUUGCUCCUUGGAAUCAUAUCCAAUUAGAACAUGCAAUAAUUACUGGAUGUCGCAGAAUUCUCUCUAUGCCAAUUUAACAAGAAUAAAAGAUGUUAUCGAUGUGGAAAAAUUAUUAAUGGGGAUGGCUAUUCAAUUGUGCGAAGAGGAGGAUCAUAAAAUCAUUGAAGAUCUGCGGGGCAGUUUAUUCGGUCCACUAGAAUUUUCCAGAAGAGACUUAAUGGCACUUAAUAUUCAGAGAGGACGUGACCAUGGGGUACCUGAUUACAAUAGCGCUCGUCGUGCCUACGGUCUCGCGGAAGUUAAACACGUAUCUCAUUUUAAUUGCGUGGAUGUAUCCAUCCAGGAGGAAUUUCUCAGAUUGUACAAGAAUUCGUUUGAUGACGUGGACGUCUGGGUAGGCGGAAUACUAGAGACUGAUGAUGGACCCGGAGAGUUGUUUCAAAGAAUCAUCCGUGAUCAGUUUCAGCGAAUACGCGAUGGUGAUAGGUUUUGGUAUAAUAAUACCGCAAAUGGACUUUUCACUGAAGAGGAAGUUGAAAGAUUGGAACAAUUAACAUUUUACGAUGUGCUAAUGUGCACCACUAAAAUGGAUUGGAACGAUAUUUCGAGGAAUCCUUUUAGAGUUCCUAACUCAGCAAAUGAUAUACAUCCCAAUUGUAUUAAUAAUAAAAUUGUGAAGGAAGGCAAAUGUACAAAUGGUCUUUGUUUUCACGCAGAUCAAAUAAACGAAUACACAAUUGAAAAUUGCACAGAACCUGAAACUUAUGACUAUUUCUCGAAUAGCAGCAUGUCCUUCAUCUUUACGUUUUUAGGCAUAUCAACAUUAUUCUGUGGUUUUAUUACAUUAAUCGUUUUUAAGAUACAAUUCAAAGAUAAGAAAUUAGCGAAAGAAAAUGUUAGGAAAGUAGAUUACAGUGAUGACAUAGACAUUAUACAUACUGCUAGCGAAUGGCAAGAUCCAAAAGCUUCACUGAGACGCGUAUUAUUAGUGCCAAAUAUAAGAAAGAAACAACUGGAAGUGAAAAAUCAAUUGGGACAUUUGAUACGUGCAGUGGAUUUUCCAUCCAAUAGCAACAUCACGAUUUAUUGCACAACUGACAGUCAUUAUAUGUUGAUUCGUGUACACCACAAUUACGAUUUAGUGCUCAAGUUUGAUUCUGAUUUUUUGAGAAGUGCAUUUAUAAAAGCAUUCGAAAAAUUUAUAUCAGAAAUUGCGACGUCUGAGGAUGCACGCUUAGUGCAAAUGAUGACUAAUACCACGCAUGCAGUGUUACUCAAGCAAGCGAUAACUAAGAAACACCGUCAAAAAAAAUUAGAAAUGUUUUUCCGUGUUGUAUUUGCCCAGGCGUUCCAUAUCGCGCAUACAGAAGAAGAAAUCUUACAAAUAGAUUCGACAGUGGCACGAGAAGUAAUUUACACCGAGUUGACAAUCAUAGAAUUUGCGGAAGCCCUGAGUAUGAGACCGGACGCCGAGUUCGUAAAAAAGAUAUUUUAUCUAGUCGAUAAGGAUAAGAAUGGCUUCAUAUCGUUUCGAGAGUUUGUUGAUAUGUUGGUCAUAUUUUUGAAAGGCUCUGCUGAAGAGAAGAUGAAGUUGAUGUUUGAUAUGUAUGAUAUCAAUGGAACCGGAAGAUUGAAGAGAGAGGAGUUCUCAAAUAUGUUAAGAUCCUUUAUGGAGACUGUCAACGCUGAUGUCAGGGAUGAUGAGCUGGAAGCUUUGGUGCAGUCUAUGAUGUAUCACGCUGACUUGGCGAAUAAAGAAACCAUAAAUCUACAAGACUUUCAACAAAUACUAAGUGAUUUUAAUAAUAAAUUUAAUUACGCAGAGUUGGAAUUCAACGUAUCUACAGACGGAAAAAACAGGAAACUUCACGCGGGUGUGAAAACAGUUAGAUCAACGUUUAUUGGCGAGGUACAAAAGACGGUGGAGAGUCUGUAUGCUGAUCCAAGCGAAUUGCAAUCCAGAGUUGAAGGCAAAGCUGAAAGCAAAAUUGAACAAGAGCAGAACACAAAGGAAGAAAAAAGUAAUAAUGAAAUUAUCGACGAAAAAAUUGUCGAAGAAAUAAAAAAACGCUCGGACGAUUAUUGGUACCCUCUAAUGAAAUAUGUUGCUAACAAACGAUUGCAGAUAUUUUGGGCAUGUUUAUACACUUUGUUACUGCUUGGAAUUUUCGCAGAGCGAGUAUAUUAUUACUCUGUACAACGGGAACAUUCUGGUUUGAGACGAAUAUUAGGCUAUGGCUUGACUAUAACAAGAGGUGCAGCGUCAGCUAUGAUGUUUACUUAUUCUACGUUAUUACUUACGAUGUGUCACAAUACUAUUACUAUUCUAAGAAGUACAAUUUUGCAAUUCUACGUUCCGUUCGAUUCAGCAAUCGAAAUGCAUAAAUAUAUCGCUUAUUGGGCAUUGGCGUUUAGUGUGUUACACAUAAUUGGACAUGGCUUCAACUUUUAUCAUAUAUCUACACAAACUGCCGAUGAUCUGACGUGUUUAUUUCGCAAUUAUUUCCAUGCGACGCACCAACUUCCUAAAUUCCACUAUUGGUGUUGGGGUACAAUGACAGGUAUAACGGGAGUAUUUUUAACGAUUUUGACUGGAUUAAUAUUUAUGUGCUCGUUAUCGAUAGUACGCAAAUCAUUUUACAACUGGUUCUCUUUCGUACAUUCCUUGUAUCCGGUUUUCUAUAUACUAAUGAUUUUACAUGGUAGUGGAAGAUUAGUACAAGAGCCAUACUUCCAUUAUUUCUUUCUGGGACCAGCCAUUCUAUUUAUUCUCGAUAAAGUCGUAACUGUAACUAGAACAACAAUAGAAAUACCAAUACUUAAAGCAGAAAUUCUGCCAUCAGGUGUAACAUGUAUAACAUUUCUCAAACCAUUAAAUUUUCAAUAUAAAUCUGGUCAAUGGAUUAGAAUAGCGUGUCCAGCGUUACAGACAAACGAGUACCAUCCGUUUACUUUAUCUUCUGCACCACACGAAACAAACUUAAGUAUACAUGUACGAGCGGUUGGACCAUGGACCACAAAUAUCAGAGAGAAGCUAGAGAUGUGCACAAUGUCAAAUAAAAACUUACCAAUGAUUCAUAUAGAUGGCCCAUAUGGAGAAGGUCAUCAAGAUUGGGAUAAAUAUCAAGUAGCAAUCAUGGUCGGUGGAGGUAUAGGAGUCACACCCUUUGCAUCAAUACUCAAAGAUAUUGUUUUCAAGUCAAAUUGCCAUUUAAACUUUGGUUGCAAGAAGGUAUAUUUUCUUUGGGUAACAAGAACACAAAAACAAUUUGAAUGGAUGAUUGAUAUAUUAAGAGAGCUUGAAAAAAUAGAUGUUAAUAACACAGUAUCCAUUCAUAUUUUUAUUACUCAAUUUUAUCAAAAAUUUGACCUACGUACGAUACUUUUGUACAUUUGUGAACGUCAUUUUCAAAAGAUUUCAAAUAAAUCUUUGUUUACUGGCUUAAAGGCUGUAACACAUUUUGGACGACCAAAGUUUUCUCAAUUUUUCCUAUCUAUAGAAAAAUUACAUCCUACUACAAAUAAGAUAGGUGUUUUCAGUUGUGGUACACCAGCUAUGACACAAGCAGUAGACGCAGCUUGCAAAACUAUUAAUCUAACAGAAAUUAAUGAUACGUUAUUUCAACACCAUUAUAAAAGUUUCUGACUUUUAUGAAUAGUUGGUAUCAAAUUCUAUAUUUGAGUACCUAUACCCAAAGACUUUCGGAUAUUUUUCAUAUUAAUUAUAAUUUGAAUAAAUCUUAAUUUUUGUAGCUUAUGGUUGUUUCUAAUAAAUUACAUAUUUAUAAAAUAAGCAUUAUAACAUGAGAUAAAUUUCAUGUUGUAUUAUUUCAUGUUCGCAUUAAUGUUAAGAUUUUACAAUAUACAAGUAUUUUCUUCAUCAAUCAAUUGUAUAUGUGUCAUGCAUAUAAUUAUUACAAUAAAAUUGUGUGAUAAUUUAAUAAUA